AAGUGAGGCUGGACACUCACCCAGGAACAUUCACCAUGAGUCCCCUGUGGCUACUCACCUUGCUGCUCGCCCUGAGCCAGGCCCUGCCCUUUGAACAAAAGGGCUUCUGGGACUUCACUUUGGAUGAUGGGCUGCUCAUGAUGCAUGAUGAGGAGGCUUCAGGCUCAGACACCACCUCAGGUGUCCCCGACCUGGAUUCUCUCACACCUACCUUCAGUGCCAUGUGUCCUUUCGGCUGCCACUGCCACCUGAGGGUUGUUCAGUGCUCUGACUUGGGUCUAAAGACUGUGCCCAAGGAGAUCUCACCUGACACCACACUGCUAGACCUGCAGAACAAUGAUAUCUCUGAGCUCCGAAAGGAUGACUUCAAAGGCCUCCAGCAUCUUUAUGCCUUGGUCCUUGUAAACAAUAAGAUCUCCAAGAUUCAUGAGAAGGCCUUUAGCCCUCUACGGAAGCUGCAGAAACUCUACAUUUCCAAGAACCACCUGGUGGAGAUUCCUCCCAACCUGCCCAGCUCCCUGGUAGAGCUACGAAUCCAUGACAACCGUAUCCGAAAAGUGCCCAAGGGUGUAUUCAGCGGACUCCGAAACAUGAAUUGCAUUGAGAUGGGUGGUAAUCCCCUGGAGAACAGCGGCUUUGAACCAGGAGCCUUUGAUGGCCUGAAACUCAACUACCUGCGCAUCUCAGAAGCCAAGCUCACUGGCAUCCCCAAAGAUCUCCCUGAGACCCUGAAUGAACUUCACCUGGACCACAACAAAAUCCAGGCGAUUGAGUUGGAGGACCUACUUCGCUACUCUAAGCUGUACAGGCUUGGCUUAGGCCACAACCAGAUCCGGAUGAUUGAGAAUGGGAGCCUGAGUUUUCUGCCUACCCUACGAGAACUCCACUUGGACAACAACAAGCUGUCCCGGGUGCCUGCUGGCCUCCCAGACCUCAAGCUCCUCCAGGUGGUCUAUCUGCACUCCAACAAUAUCACCAAGGUGGGCAUCAACGACUUCUGCCCCAUGGGCUUUGGAGUCAAGAGGGCCUACUAUAAUGGCAUCAGCCUCUUCAACAACCCUGUGGCCUACUGGGAAGUGCAGCCAGCCACCUUCCGCUGCGUCACUGACCGCCUGGCCAUCCAGUUUGGAAAUUAUAAGAAGUAAAAGCAGUAGUAGCCACCAUGGUGGCCUUGGUGAGAGUCUCUGAGGAACAUAGCCAGAUGUUCCACAGGGGAAGGGGAAUCAAAGAAGCAAAGCCCCCCCACCCACACACACACAUUUUGUUCCAUCACAGCCUCCUCCUGGCUCCCAAGCAUGCACAUAUGCACAUGGCCUGGCCCUCUCAUCCAUUCCCCUCAGCUUUUGAGAUUUAAAAAAUCCCUACCAUAUCCACUCAAAGACUCCCUAUAAAUCCUUCUUGUCCAUUCUGACACCCUAUCUGCGUUAGGAGGAGCCAGCAAGUGUGGACACAGCACAGUAGCACAGCUACUGUUCCAUCCAGACAUGUAUUCCUCUCUUCCUCACCCAUGUCUGUUUUCCAGCUCUCUUGGGCCAUACCUGCUGCCCUUGGCCUUGGUGAUCCCAAGUUCACUACCUGUCCAUCUGUAUCUCUGUCUGCAUAUUUCUGUCUGUCUAUCUCUGUGUGUCUUUCUAACUCUCCCUCUCCUCUCCUACUCCCUCCCUCUCUCUCUCUCUCUCUCUCUCUCUCUCACACACACACACACACACACACACACACACACACACACACUGGCCAUUCCCUAGGCUGCUUUCUGCUUCAUAGGUCUCUGGCCAGUCCCUGCACAAACAAAUCUGGGGGCAACUAUCUCCCUGAUUGCCCUGCCCAGCACUUGACCCCCAGCCCUGGAGGAUGCUAGAAGGUGGAGGCCCAGAAUCCUUUCCAUAUUGUCCAGGAAGGGGGCUGUACUCUGCUAUCAAAAUGAGGAGCAGUAAGCUUCCUAGCCCCUGAAGAAGCUCAGCAAGCCACCAGAGCCCCCAGAACCAGUUUGCAUUGGUUCAUGCCCUCUCCCAAUAUGGCUAGGUCCCUCUCCCUCACCUCUGGGUCCCUGCUGUGGUAGGGGUUGGUGAGCAGUUGCACCCAGCUGGAGGGAGUGCAGCUUCUGAGAUCAGUUGUCUUUCAAUUAAAGAAACACUGUGCAAUACAA